CUAUCACGUCAGUUUCCUGUGAGAACGAUCGAUCAAAGAAGAAAUUUUGGCGAUGGACUUGAGAAAGGUUUCAGAUGAGGAUAAAGUCAACUUGUGUAGAAAAUAUUUCUUAGGAGGCUUUGCGUUGUUGCCAUUUCUUUGGUUUGUCAAUGUAGUGUGGUUCUUCAGAGAGGCGUUUAUCAGACCAGCUUUUACAGGACAACCAAAGCUAAAAUCAUAUGUGAUAAAAUCUGGAAUAGGAUUCUUAGUGUGGUUUGCUGGUUUGACUGCAUGGAUUCUUGUAUAUCAGAAGUAUCGAGCAAGCUGGGGUGAAAUUGGAGACAGAAUAUCAUUUGUUAUACCACUGGGAGAGCCAUGAAUCAGUUCAGUCUUGUUAUGUUAGUGCAAUUGCUAAAUCUUUGUCACAAAAACUAAGCUAGAUCAAUAAUAGCUAUGACUUUUCAUCUUAUUGGUGUAUGUUUUUGUCAGGACACUCUUGUAAUAUGUGUAUUGUAAAUAUUGCAUGCUGUUUUUGUUGGAGAAGUUUUAUAUUAAAAAAAAAUUGGAAACAGCA